CGCCAGCCAACCGCGCGGCCGCUUGUUCAGCCAGGGCUCCACCGUCUCCAUGACGCCGGGCAAACAUUAUAGUGCCUCGGCCGGAGCCGCUAACGCUGGGAUUUGGGGUACAGGGACUCCAGAAACAGCCAGGGAAAGCGGGUGGUCUUCCACUCUCCAGCCAGCCAGUCGCCACCAUGCCCAUCUCUCCGGUAAACAGCCGCAAGCAGCUGAACCUCACCGUAAACAUUGGCUCACAGCCAGGAAAGUCUAUUAGCUUUACUGGCCUAGCAAAGGGAGCUCAAAUGAAAGGAGGAUAUAUUGGUGCAAACCAAAGCAGAAUGGCUAUGUCAAAAACCAUGCUGAUUGUAUCUGAUGUAAAAACAACAGAAAAAAUGACUAUUUCCACUACAAAGACAGCCAUACAGGUGAUUGAUGCACAUGGAGUUGAUGUCACUCCCAGACCUCUUUACCAUCCGGAUCCACAUACUGGUGCAGCAAAGCCAAAUAAACUGUUGACAUCACAGGAAGGAUCCUAUACAUCAGACUUUAUAGCUUCCUAUAGCCUGUAUCAGAAUACAAUAAAUCCAAGUAUGUUAGGGCAGUUUACAAGGUCAGUUUUAGGAAGCAGUACAGUCUCUAAGUCAAGUGUAUCCACUACUGAAUCAAUGGCAGAAGACCUAGAAGAACCAUCCUAUAAACGGGAAAGAUUGUACAGUUUUACAGAUUUACGAGUUAUGAGGUCAACACCUGGAAAAACUGUAACAAAAGAAGACCUGGAGAAGACGAUAGAGAUAAUGCUCACAGAGACAGAAACAAUGAGAUUUUUUAACCUACCAACAGUCAUGGUUUCUGUAGAAUCUGAAGAAGCUGAGAAACUAAGCCGGAGAAACAAGAAUUAUGAGACCCUUUGUCGAAAUAGAUUAGGCAAUGACUUGUAUGUUGAAAGAAUGAUGCAGACUAUUAAUGGAGCACCAAAGAAUAAAGAAGUUCAGUGUGACAGAAUCAUAAAGGAAGACAAAGGCAUAAUGUCCACUGCUUGGGAUUUGUAUGAUUCUUAUAAUGCUAUGGAGCUUUCAUCUUUACCAGUGAAACAACCUACAAUUGAUUCAAGUAGUAAAGCAACUGUGCCUUCUAAAGAUUGGGACCAAAGAGCACCAGGGAGCACUUUAGAAAAAAUUAGUGAAGGUAGUUCUCUAAUGGAUAUAGAAAAUGUAAUUCUGGCUAAAAUCCACAAUGAUGAAGAAAACCACUCAGAUGCAGUAUUGAAAUCUGACAAAUUUCAACAGGACUUAUUUUUUAUGGAACGAGUUAUAAUGGAAAAUAUAUUUAGGCCAAAACUUGCAGCUUAUCGUCAGCUUCCUGUUUUAAAAGAACUGGAACCUGAAGAAUCUGAAAUCUUUUUAGAAGGUGAAAAACUUGAAGAGAUAGAAGAGGAGGUUAAGAAGGAAGAGGAAGAAGAAAUGGAAAUAGGUUCUGAACAGUCAACAAUACCAGCCAAUUUGGAACGACUUUGGUCCUUUUCCUGCGACUUAACCAAAGGCCUUAAUGUCAGCAGCCUUGCCUGGAAUAAAACAAAUCCAGACCUUUUGGCUGUUGGCUAUGGGCACUUCGGGUUUAAAGAGCAAAAAAGAGGACUGGCUUGCUGCUGGUCAAUAAAGAAUCCCAUGUGGCCAGAGCGUACUUAUCAGAGUCCUUACGGAGUUACUGCUGUGGAUUUUUCAAUUGGAGCACCUAACCUUUUAGCAGUUGGUUAUCACAAUGGCACUAUUGCAAUUUAUAAUGUGCAGAGCAACAGUAAUGUUCCAGUUCUGGAUAGUAGUGAAUCACCUCAAAAACAUUUGGGACCUGUCUGGCAGCUUCAGUGGAUAGAACAAGAUCGAGGAACAACAGGCGAUGACAAAAGGGAAAUACUAGUUUCUGUAUCAGCGGAUGGAAGAAUCUCCAAAUGGGUUAUACGGAAAGGACUGGACUGUCACGAUUUGAUGCGUUUGAGGCGAACUACUGCCAGCACCAGCAAAAGAAUGGAAAAGGAAAAGAAAGGUGAAGCUUUGAUAUCUCGACAAGCUCCUGGAAUGUGUUUUGCUUUUCACCCCAAGGACACAAAUAUCUAUUUGGCUGGCACGGAAGAAGGUCAUAUUCACAAAUGUUCUUGUUCAUAUAAUGAACAAUAUUUAGAUACCUACAGAGGGCAUAAGGGUCCAGUGUAUAAAAUAGCAUGGAAUCCAUUUUGUCAUGACGUAUUCUUAAGCUGUUCUGCAGACUGGGGUGUUAUUAUAUGGCAGCAUGAGAAUCUCAAACCAUUUUUGAGUUUUUAUCCAACUUCUUACGUUGUUUAUGAUGUUGCUUGGUCUCCAAAGUCAUCCUAUAUAUUUGCAGCUGCAAAUGAGAGUAGAGUGGAGAUUUGGGAUCUUCACAUCAGCACUUUGGACCCCCUGAUUGUGAAUGUUGCUAACCCUGGAAUCAAGUUCACAACUGUUCUCUUCGCCAAACAAACAGAUUGCCUUCUGGUGGGAGACAGUGAUGGACAAGUUGCUGUGUAUGAAUUAAGAAAUAUGCCCACUGGUUUGGAAUCUAGCCGGGGAGAUGUAAUAGAAAAUUUGCUUCAGCCCAAGUCAAGUCAAAGCAUAAUUCAUCAUCAGUAGUAUAUUUUUUGUUGCUGUUUAAAGGAACAGUGUUUAAUAUCCAAUAGUCUGGUAUGUACGCAGUAAACUGGGAUUUUGAUUUUAGAAAACAAAAUAUACAUUUGAUGUAUAAUGUCCAUCAGAAUUUAAUAUAAAUUUCAUGAACUUUUAUUUCAGGGAAAUGUGAUUAGUUUGUCAUUUAAGCUAAUUGUAAGAGUUUUGUUGGGUUUUCCUUAAUUUUUUGAAACGUAUUCCUAUUCUUUUCCUUAGUCAUAUUCCAAGUACAUAUAAGUACAUUAUAUGUACUUAUAAAAUGUCCAGAUAGGUUAGAAAAUUGUUACUCCUUUAGAAGCAAAGCUUGGAAAUUACUAGAAUUACUUAAACUAGGAUCUUUAUUAAGACAAAGUUCCAUAGACUUUUAAAUCUUCUGCUUUCUUAGCUCUGUUUUCCAGGAUUUAUGAAUUUUGCAGAUGUUAGUAUUAUAAGAAUAUUGGUUUCACAUACCCAAUUUUAAAUAAGAAUUUUAUCCUCUUAAAUCUGAAGCUAUAGAACUUUGUUAGACUAUUUAACAAGCAAAAGAUAUGACAGCAAAUGUCAGAAUUGCACUCUCUGGCCACAGGCACCACACUCCCAAUUCAGUGAGAAGAGUUAGUUUAGGACACAUCAGGGCACCCUCCUCUACGUGUCCAGAAUCUGCUCUUAAGUGGGCCCAGAGAGAAAAUAGAAAGUCCCUGAUUAUUUGCAUCAGGAUGUUAUUUUGUGAAGGGUUCUAGAGCAAGCUUGUGGAAAUAGGAGGGGUGGGGGACAGCAACUCCUCCAAAUAUAGAAUGCUAAAGUGUUCCGUGCUGUUUGUUUUAACAAGUCUUGAGACCAUAGGACAGUAUGGCCUGUGCUAUAAACCAUUCUAAGUGGAGAUGAGAGGAUAAGGCACUUGAAAACUCACUUAACUGUCUGAAAAAUAACAUAUAUUAAAAACUGAGAAUGGACUCAUUGCAACAGUGGGGACUACCUUUUACAAGUAUCCACAUCUUCACAAUCCAUUUCUUUGACACCAUCCUUUACACAAAAGUGAGGCAGUUUUUAGGUGGACUGAAAGCUUAGGUCAGGUUAUAAGGCUGAUAUAUUUUUCUACUUGUGUAAGUCAUUAACUUUUUUGUCUUUUUAAAACGUUUGGACUUCCCAUAGCAGCUUGGAUGGCAAAAUAAAAAUUUAAUUGAAAAAUGUGUUUCUUUUUAUUAUAAAUUUUUGAUCUUUAAAAUUUUGUACAUAUUCUACUGUCAUUGCUCAUCAAGCCUAAAUGAAAAAAUAAACCUAUUUUAUUAUUCUUGGAUCAUGAACUGAACCUGUUCCAUCAUAUAGAAUCAU